AUGACUACCGGUGCCACCGCUCAGAACACGUUUAUCGUCGCUCCUCGCGAAAACGACCCAUACAGGUACCAGGCUGGCUUCGGAAAUCGUUUCGCCUCGGAGGCCAUUCCGGGUGCUCUGCCCGUCGCGCAGAAUAACCCGAAGAAAGUCAAAUACGACCUGUACACCGAGUCUAUAAAUGGCACUUCCUUCGUCGCGCCGCGCGCCCAGAACCAGUUCACGUGGACUUAUCGCAUGCGCCCAUCCGUAGCCCACAAUGGCUUCACCAAACUCCCGGACAACCCGGACCUCGAGGCGAACUUCCACCCGUCCAACCCUCGUGUACAUUUUAGCCCCACCCAGCUCGCUUGGAGCGCUCUCGACAUCCCACCCGCUAACCAGAAAGUCGACUUCGUUGCCGGAUUGAAGACGCUUGCUGGAAACGGGGACCCGACUAGUCGUGAGGGCCUCGCGACUCACGUUUUUGCUGCCAACACGUCCAUGGAGAAGACGGCCUUCUGCAAUGCAGAUGGCGACAUGAUGAUUUUGCCGCAGCUGGGUAGACUGGAUAUCCAGACUGAGUUCGGAAAGCUUAUGGUGCGCCCCGGAGAACUUGUUGUCGUUCAACGUGGCCUCAAGUUUAAAAUUUCCUUGCCUGAUGGUCAUUCGCGUGGCUACGUCCAAGAGAUUUUUGGCUCUCAUUACGAACUUCCGGAGUUGGGUCCUGUUGGUGCAAAUGGACUUGCUAACCCUCGCGAUUUCGAGAGUCCGGUUGCCAGUUUCGAUAUCGACCGGUCUCCGUGGGAAAUCAUUUACAAGGUCGGCGGACAACUCUUUGUGUGUAACCAGGACCACACGCCGUUCGACGUGGUCGCCUGGCAUGGGAACUAUAUUCCGUACAAAUAUGACCUCGACAAGUUCGCAGCCAUGGGCAGCAUCCUCAAGGAUCACGCGGACCCGUCCAUCUAUUGUGUUCUCACUGCAAAGUCGAAGACGCCCGCGGCCCCGUUGAUCGACUUUGUGAUCUUCAGCCCGCGCUGGGACGCGACCAGGAACACGUUCCGUCCCCCGUUUUUCCACCGUAACUGUGCAACGGAAAUGCUGGGUAUAAUCCACGGUUCCUAUGGGGGACGCAGCGAGGCGUUGGUUGCCGGUUCACUCAGCUACGAGUCGGGAUUCUGCCCUCACGGCCUGUCCUAUAAAGAGUUCAAGGCGGGCACAGAAGCCCCGGAUACCCCACAGAUAGUUUACGCUGAUACUCUCAUGAUCAUGUUCGAGUCGUGCAUGCAAACUACUGUGACGGACUACGCCAUGAAUAGGUCCGGCAACUUGCACAAGCAUGACCCGGAAAUGUGGAAAGAUCUGAAGGCCCAGUUCCUCGAUCACGUCGACGAGAUCAAUGCUGACCUUCAGACGGCUGGUCUUCCCAAGCUCCGGGGGAAGUUGUGA